GUUCAGUCCUGGGGUUACAGGAAGUUGUAGCAGCUGCCAUGUUGAGCUGCUUUGUUGUAGAUUUCUUGUAGGUUUUCCAGCAGAUUUUUUUUUUUUUUUUUUUUUUUUUUAAAGUGUGGCAAUGGAGCCGAGCUGGAGUACCUUCUUGUUUCAGCAAGCCAAUGAUGCACUGCACCAUCAGCACCAGGUGGGCCCGAACAGCCUGCUGCCGCUGCUGAAUGCCGGCACCGAGCCGCAGGACCAGAAGCCCAUCAUGCCCAUCCCGCUCGAUCAGAAGCCCCCAGUGAGCACCGCCGACCUCCUUAAGGACAGCAUGGGCAGCGGGACAGGCGGAGGAGGGGGCGGAGGCGGCCAUGGUGGCGGAGGAGGCGGCGGUGGUAUCGGAGCACCAAUGCCCAUCGUGAAGAAGGAACCCAAAAGCAAAACGCCGUUUAUCUGCGGCUACUGCAACAAGGCCUUCCGAGACAGCUACCAUUUGCGACGGCACGAGUCGUGUCACACCGGCGUCAAGAUGGUGUCGCGACCUAAAAAGACAGCGCAGACGACGGCGCCCACCAUGGUGCCGCUGCUCUCGAGCAUGACGCGAGAAAACAACGCUAACCCCUCUUACAUCCUCACUACGGCCGCGACCUCGGCCUCGGGCGCCAUGGUUCCGACCUCCACGGUUGCCGUCUGCCAGCCGAGUGUGCCCAAGAAGCCGGCCAAGCCUGUGAAGAAGAACCACGGGUGCGAGAUGUGCGGCAAAGCCUUCCGUGAUGUCUACCACCUGAACAGACACAAGUUGUCCCACUCGGACGAGAAGCCGUUCGAGUGCCCGAUCUGCCAGCAACGAUUCAAGAGGAAAGACCGCAUGACGUACCACGUACGCUCGCACGAUGGCGGCGUGCACAAGCCCUACGUCUGCUCCGUCUGCGGGAAGGGCUUCUCCAGGCCUGAUCAUCUCAGCUGCCAUGUCAAACAUGUGCAUUCCUCCGAGAGACCAUUUAAAUGCCAAGUAACGGCUUGCACAUCGGCCUUCGCCACCAAAGACAGACUGCGCUCUCACAUGAUUCGGCACGAGGGCAAGGUCACGUGCAACAUCUGCGGCAAGAUGCUCAGCGCCGCCUACAUCACCAGCCACUUAAAGACGCACGGCCAGACCAACUUCAACAACUCCUGUAACAAAGGGGACUGGCAGUGGAACUCCUCAGGGAUGCAUAAAGACAACAUCGAGGUGUGCCACUCGGGCACGGCCACGCCCGUCACGGUCUCCACUCCCGCCACUACACCGAUGAGCCGCGCCAACGCCAGCACGUCUGUGACCAUCGGCGGUCAGAUGAACCUGAGCACCACGGUAAACACUGUGAACAUCACGUCGGCACAGAUGAGCUUGCAGCACCCGGUGACCAUCACGGGCCCGGUUAACAUCGCCUCGGUGAACAUCCCAGCCACCGCGUCGCCCAUGAACAUCGCCCACCCGGUGGCCAUCACCACACCCAUGUCCAUGAACAUCGCCGGGCCGCUCAACAUCGCCAUGCGGCCCAUGGAGAGCAUGUCCUUCCUCUCGCAGGUCCUGCCCUCCUCACCUCCGUGGUGAAGCGCACCCGAGCUGAUCUCGACCUGAUUCUCCUAGCCAGCUGACUCCGCCCCCCCAAACCCCCCCCUUCCCCCUUCCCCAGCCAAUGAGUGUUUACUCUUGCGGCGCGGUCGUACACCCGCGCCACAAGCAGCGCUGCAACGACGACGGAGUUUUAUAGAGUUUUUGUGAAGGAUUUCUUACUUAGAUUUGAUUCGUUCAUGGUUUGAUGAACUAAAGGACGAAUAUUUAGCGACACUGAGCACGCAGACCUCACUGAGGUUCUCACUGAGGUUCUACAAAUGCAAUA